AUCCGAUUUUAUGGGAUAAUAGAAAAAAAGAAUAUCGAAUGAAAAGAGGACAAGACGUUGCUUGGCUACUGGUUGCCGAAAGACUGAACCGAGAUGUUGAAGAGGUUACUUACCGGUGGCAGAAUCUGCGUAAGCAAUAUAGCCGAAGAAAAACAAAAUGCAAAAGUGGAGCUAGUGCAGAGUCUGCAGAGCAGCAAUGGCAUCUGAUGCCCCAAAUGUCAUUUUUGGAUCCAUGUAUCCGCCAUCGAAGGACACAGACAAACUUUCAAGGAAACAAAGAAUUCGAGGAGCUUAAUUUCACAGUAGAAUCUGUUGUCUCCGAGUCUUCAGAUAAUAUUGAAUAUCCGACAGAACCUGAAUAUGUGGAGCCAUCUGCUAUUCACGUUAUGCCCUCAUGUGAAUCACCUUUAUCACCUGCAUCAAGCUCCAGACAAAUCUUAGAUAACACUAAUUCAAAUAAUAAUGAUGAAAAUACUCCUAGAGGGAAGAAAAGAAAAAAGAGAGAAACAAUUGAAAGUUCAUUGCUUUCUGUUAUUGAUGAAACAAAUAAAUAUUUAAAAAAUCACCAUCGAUGUGAAAAUGAUGAUGAUGAUGAUGAUAAACUAUUUUUAUUGAGUCUCCAUAGUGAUUUGAAAAAAAUGACUGAUGAAAAAAAAUUGGAAACGAAAAUACAAUUUUUACAAAUUAUGGCAAGAAAUAAAUGAAAUUAUUUGUACAUAA